UGCAGUCGAGCGGGCCGGACUAGACUUGGACAGAGGCAGACGGCCAGCCCGCGACCGCGACGACCAGCGUCAUCGGCCCGCUGUCGCGACAACGCACAUCACCGCAAGCCGACCCGGCACUGCAGUCAAGUGGAGUGCAUCGUGUGUGGCGGCACGCCCUGACGGCCAUGACGGCCACCGUGGCCAGGAAGGCCUCCGGGACCAGGGUGCCGUGGACCUACAGGAUAGGGGCGCCGCUGCUCCUCAUCGCCCUCCAGCUCAUCCUGUCAGACGGCCUGGAGGAAGGGGCGAGCGUCAAGAAGGCACGCGCGUCCUCGGUGGACGACGCGCACGCCGAGCCGGACCAGAGCCUGGACGAGCGGGGCGACCAGCGCGGCCGCGUGCCGCCGGGCUUCCUCAGCCCCUCCGUGCAGGAGUACCUCGAGCUGGGCAAGUCCAUCCCCGGCCGGCCCGGGACGGACUACCCCGUGCUGGGCGUGGUGCCCUACACCAACUUCUACUGCGACGAGCAGGAGUACCCGGGCUUCUUCGCCGACAUGGACACGCGCUGCCAGGCGUGGCACUACUGCGACAUCGACGGGCGCCAGGCCACGUUCCUGUGCCCCAACGGCACGCAGUUCUCGCAGGCCGUCUUCGUGUGCGACUGGUGGUUCAACGUGCGCUGCGACCUGUCGCCGCAGCUCUACGCCAUCAACGCGCGCCUCUACGGCACGCCCAAGCUGUCGCCCACGCGCCCGCACCGCGUCAUCGACAAGCAGCUCGUCGAGGACAUCUUCACGUGAAGGGGGAGCGAGAGCGAGAGCGAAGCGCCGGGCGGGCGACGACUCGCUAAUCCGCUGGAACCGCGCCCUGCCACUGCCACUCCACCCCGCAGGAUUACCGCGAGCGGGCCGCGGCAGGCCGCACCUUCGCGAGUCGUUGCCCCCUCGGUGGCAGACUUGGCAAUUAUUUAUCUCAUUUGGAGGAAACCGAAAGCAAAACCCAAGCCGAGCCCUGGGCGCCCUUUGACCACGAGGCCCGCGCUUCCUGCCUCCUCGUCGUCGGCGUCGUCGGCGUCGUCCCGCGGUGAGCGCGGCGUCGCGACGCUCCGGCCAACCUCGCCAAACCGACGACGCGGGGUUCCUCAUUUCUUCACAGUCCGACCGGCCGGCCGGCCCCCAGCGGCACCGCCAAGGCGCCGCGUCGCUCCGGGGCUGGCCGGCUGGCCGGCCCUAGACCCACCGUUCACUUCCUCAUGCCAGAGCGCCCCGCCGCCCGGAGUCGGCGUGGACCGCGGAGUCGACGCCAACCCCGGAAAAGCCGCCGCCGCCAACAACCCUCCCGACACGGAGGACCCGUCGACGCGGCGCCCUUCGCGUGACAAUCGGACGCGUGGCUAGCACGCCAGUGCGCCUCCACCUUAGUGUCAGUGUGCGAGUGAGUGAGUGUGUGCGUGUAUGCACGCGGCCUGUUUGUGAGUGUGAAAGUAGAGUUACGUGUUCGAGUGUGUAAAUGUCGGCGCGGUGCCGCGGCUCGCCAAGUGCCGAGUAAGUGCGCGAGCGAGAUGGGCCGUAACGGCACCGCGCCACACCGGGCACCGCACCGGGCACCGCAACGCCAAAUUAGCCGCAGGUCAGUGCCGCUCACUAGAAACAAGACGCCAUUGUUUCUUCAUUUUUCUGUUUUAUUGUUCGAGACGACUGUUGGAGACGUUUCCAAGUCUGUGAUGCGCACGGCCUCCACCGCCGUGUCAACCGCCGUCGAGGCCCGCGCCCCGCGGUCCUUCACCUCAAUAGGCGCGAGCCGGCCCGGGUUCAACCCCCCGCGGCGGCAAGCUUUUUCUCUGCCCGUGGCAAGGCCCGGCGAGGCCCGGCGAGGCCGGCAAGGCCCCGCCCUGCCAACAAUGGGUCAUGCCGUCGCCCCCACCUCUGGGCACCUGCCAAUGAUCAUAAGCAAUAAUCAUCACGCCUGUCGAGUCAUUCAGAAGAGUCGUUUCGUCGCUCCGUCUCUCUCGCACCCGUACGGGAGGCCGCAUGAGUGCGACAGAGACAGAGCGACGCGUCGCUGGAAUCAGUCCACUGCCAGCGUCCCGGCCGGCGGGACAAUCGGCCGCUGUUCCAGGCAGGCGCAGCGCAGCGAAGCGAUGAUUGGAAUAAACAAAGUUGAACCACCACA